UGAAUUUUGUUAAGAGAGAGAGAGAGAGAGAGAGAAGAAGAGUCAAUGUCGUUCUAGAGAAACUCUCAAAAACACCUAGUAUUUCGUCGUCACUAUCAAGAUUCAAAAACGAAACAAUCUCUUCGUCCACCACAUAAAAUUCUUCUUUGAUUAAACCUUCAUUUACACAUCAAUCCAAUAAAAAUGGAAACCUGGUUCCUCAUACUCAUCACUUUAGCUGCCUCUCUUCUCCUCAAAUCUCUCCUUAACCUAUUCUCUCAACUCAACAAACAGACUCCAACUCUCCCUCCAGGCCCUCCUAAGUUUCCUAUUAUCGGCAGCCUUGUAUGGCUACGGAAAUCAUUCCGAGAGUUCGAAUCAACCCUCAGCUCUCUCCACAAACAGCUCGGACCUAUCAUCACUCUUUACAUAGGCUCCCGCCCCAGCAUAUUCAUCGCAGAUCGCUCUCUUGCCCAUCAAGCCUUAAUCCAGAGCGGAGCAGUUUUUGCUAAUCGGCCAGCUUCUUCUGCUACCAAUCAAAUUUCUAGCUGCAAUCAGCAUAAUAUCAGCUCGUCGUUUUACGGUCCUACUUGGCGUCUUCUUCGCAGGAAUCUUACUUCUGAAAUACUUCAUCCUUCGCGGGUUAAGUCUUACUCUCAUGCUCGCAAAUGGGUGCUUCAAAUCCUAUUCAACCGCUUCGAAACGCAGUCCAAGUCUGGCCAUCCUGUUGGUGUUCUUGGUAAUUUUCAGUUUGCCAUGUUUUGUUUGCUAGUACUAAUGUGUUUUGGAGAUCAGCUUGAUGAGAAACAAAUUGAAGAAAUAGAGAGAGCAGAGCGUGGUGCAAUUGUGGAUAUCCGUAGAUUCGAUAAGCUCAAUAUUAUGCCAAGAUUUACUAAGAUCGUGUUCAGGAAAUCUUGGUCUGAGUUCGUGAAGCUUCAGAAGCAAAGAGAAGAGGUAUUGCUUCCAUUAAUAAGAGCAAGAAAGAAAGUGAAUGAAGAGAGAAAAAUCGAGAAUUCUGAUGACGAAUUCGUGUUAUCUUAUGUGGAUACUUUGUUUGAUCUUCAGCUUCCUGACGAGAAAAGAAAGCUUACAGAACCUGAAUUGGUUACUUUGUGCAAUGAGUUCCUUAAUGGCGGCACGGAUACUACUUCCACAUCCUUGCAAUGGAUCAUGGCCAAUUUGGUUAAGUACCCUGAAAUUCAAGAAAAGUUGUACAUGGAGAUUAAAGAAAUUGUUGGUGAUGGAGAGAAGAAUGUAAAACAAGAGGAUUUGCAGAAAAUGCCUUAUUUGAAAGCUGUGAUAUUGGAAGGACUAAGAAGACACCCGCCCGGACAUUUUGUGUUGCCACAUGCUGUGACGGAAGAUAUUGUUUUGGAUAAAUUUUUGAUACCCAAAACUGCUAAUAUCAAUUUUAUGGUGGCGGAAAUAGGUUGGGAUCCGAAAGUGUGGGAGGAUCCGAUGGCGUUUAAGCCGGAAAGAUUUAUGGGUGAUGGUGAAGUGUUUGACAUAACCGGAAGCAGAGAGAUUAAGAUGAUGCCGUUUGGUGUAGGAAGGAGGAUUUGCCCUGCUUAUGGAUUAGCAAUGCUUCAUUUGGAGUAUUUUGUAGCUAAUUUGGUUUGGAAAUUUGAGUGGAAAGCUGUGGAUGGAGAUGAGAUUGAUCUGUCUGAGAAGCUCGAGUUUACUACUGUGAUGAAGAAUCCAUUACAAGCUCUAAUUUCACCCAGGUCUCAUAAUCAAUAGUUUAUUUCUAUUGACUCUGUAAUUUAUGUAUUAAGUACCAGUUUUCCCUUUCAGUUUGAAUACUUAUAAUAAGGCACUUAUUAUGGAUGGUUCAUAAUCCUGUCUGUCGAACUAGGUUCAUGUAAGAAUUUCUCGUGCAUACAAGAUGUUGUAAUAAUUAAUAUUAAAAAGUUAAUCAUAUACAAAUGAAAUGUUUGGUAUACAAAUAACUAUAAAUCUUUUCCUUUUGAAAACAGAGAUGAUGAGA